AGAGCGAGGAAACACAGGACUUGGCCAGGGGAAUGUAGGGUUAUUCCGCAAUAGAGUAGUAAGGGGUGAGCGCCUGGGAAUCUUCGCAUGCGAUUUAUGAACUACAAUUCCCAGCAUUGCUUGGUGCUGUGACGUAUUAUCUGGGGGACGUUAGUGGUUCCUACUGCAAGAAGUUAAAGGGCACACACAUUACACGCAACCGAGAGAGAGGAUGGAACGACCCACCACAGUUUUCAUACGGGCUGCAAACUCAGUCUGGAGCUGGCAAACGCACUCUGCUUAAUAAGAGGGUACCUGCCCAGUUACAAGGCCCUCUGCCAGCUCCCAUUUCACAGUCCCUGCCAUCUUCAAUGCCACCAAAUAUGCCUCCAGCCUGUCCUCCACGCACAACUGGAGCUCCUCCCUUAGGAAUGGGUGUUCCACCUCCCUUAGGAAUGGGUGUUCCUCCUCCAUUAGGAAUGGGUGUUCCACCUCCCUUAGGAAUGGGUGUUCCACCUCCCUUAGGAAUGGGUGUUCCACCUCCCUUAGGAAUGGGUGUUCCACCUCCCUUAGGAAUGGGUGUUCCACCUCCCUUAGGAAUGGGUGUUCCACCUCCCGUAGGAAUGGGUGUUCUACCUCACGUAGGAAUGGGUGUUCCACCUCACGUAGGAAUGGGUGUUCCACCUCACGUAGGAAUGGGUGUUCCACCUCCCGUAGGAAUGGGUGUUUCACCUUCCGUAGGAAUGGGUGUUUCACCUUCCGUAGGAAUGGGUGUUUCACCUUCCGUAGGAAUGGGUGUUUCACCUUCCGUAGGAAUGGGUGUUUCACCUUCCGUAGGAAUGGGUGUUCUACCUCCCGUAGGAAUGGGUGUUCUACCUCCCGUAGGAAUGGGUGUUCUACCUCCCGUAGGAAUGGGUGUUCUACCUCCCGUAGGAAUGGGUGUUCUACCUCCCGUAGGAAUGGGUGUUCUACCUCCCGUAGGAAUGGGUGUUCUACCUCCCGUAGGAAUGGGUGUUCCACCUCCCUUAGGAAUGGGUGUUCCACCUCCUAGCUCUGACGUAAUAAGGAAGACUAACAAAGAACCAGAACCAGAGUGUGAUGUUGACAUAAAGGAUGUUUUGUCGCCUCUCCACCAAACCUUGGAAGUCUGCAGAGAUUCAGUCACGAAACAAGUUUUCAAUGAGAUCAGUAGGCGGCUGACUAUGCUUGAAGACAUGUGGAGCAGUGGCAAACUCUCAGCAUCUGUGCGUAAGAGAAUGAGUGUACUUGUAAAAGAACUUCAGAGACAGAACUGGGAUUCUGCAGAUGAAAUCCACAGGUCCCUGAUGGUGGAUCAUGUAAAUGAAGUCAGCCAGUGGAUGGUGGGAGUGAAACGCUUGAUAGCUGAAGCAAGGAACUUACCAGAGGCAGCAUCGCUUAGAACAAAUCAAGCAUCUGGGGACGGCUUGGACUCCACUCUUAAGCAGGACAAUUAGAACAUUUGCUUUCCAAAAGCAGUAUUAUACAUAGAAGAACUUUCCUGCAUGAACAACGGCGUCUUCCUUUUCCAGCAUAUUUUCAAGUUCUUUAUACUUUUAAUAUAUUCAAAUGUUUGUUCUACUUGGAUUUUAUUAAAAUUUUCAGUUUUACGUAA